AUCUUUUCGAGUAAAGGUGGUGGUCGAUAGAACACCACAUUUAACUUGUUCCGCCAAUCACAGAAUGUCAUCAUUCUAUUGGCAGCGGCAUUUCUGAACUUUGAUUUCACACCUCAACCCUCUAGACUCUUCAGCUUCACAGCAUAUAAACCCACACACACACCCCAAAUCUUUAUUAGCCAAGAAGGGCAGUUCAAGUUUCCUGCCUCAAGUUUCUUCUUCACCAUGGCUUCAACUGCUCUUCAAUGGCUAAGCCUUGUAGGCAUCAUUUGGCUCCAAGCCAUAAACGGCACAAACACCAAUUUCCCUGCUUACUCAUCUCAACUGAAGCAGCUCCUUUCAAUUUCACAAGUGCAGCUCAACAACCUUGCUUUUGCCUCUGACGCAGGAAAACUUCUUGGCUGGUUCUCUGGCAUGGCUUCUGUUCACCUCCCUCUCUGGCUUGUCCUCAUGAUCGGUUCAAGUCUUGGGUUUGUUGGCUAUGGAGUCCAAUAUCUGUUCAUAACACACCAAAUCUCCUCUCUGUCCUACUGGCAUGUCUUCUUACUAACCGUUCUGGCUGGGAAUAGCAUUUGUUGGAUUAACACUGUCUGUUAUAUCAUCGCGAUCAGGAACUUCCCAUCUGAUCACCAAGUUGCUGUGGGGUUAACAACUAGUUAUCAAGGGUUAAGUGCAAAGAUCUAUACUAAUAUUGUUCAAGUUCUUUCUCCUCACAAAAAAGCUAGAGCCUUUCUUUUCUUGAACUCUAUCUUACCUCUCAUAGUGAGUCUCAUAGCAACUCCUGUAACUAGAGAAAUUCAAGUCUCAAGGUCUAAACGAAUGCGUGUUGGAUUUGUUGUAAUGUUUGUUAUAACCAUUUCCACAGGCGUAUAUGCUGUGCUCAGCAGCUUGCAAUUUGUGUCUCGCAAAUUAUCUCCAUUGAGUAAUCUGAUUGGUAUUCUAGUGUCCCUUCUCCUCCCUCUGUUACUUCCAGUCUCAGAGAAGAUCAAUGAAUUGGUGAGAUCAUGGCAGGCGAAUCGAGAAAGACUAAGAGUCUAUAAUUUUACUGUGGAGGAAAAUAACAGUCCUAAUGAAGAGAGGGCAGAGAGUGAGCCAAAAGAUGGAGAGGAAGAAGAAGAUAGCAGCAGAGAGGUUCGAGAAGUUCUUGUCAGAGAAGAAAUUGGAGUGAAGUUGAUGCUGAGAAGAGUAGAUUUCUGGUUAUAUUUCUUCAUCUAUUUCUUCGGUGCAACACUUGGUUUAGUCUUUAUGAACAACUUGGGACAAAUUGCUGAGUCUAGAGGCUACUCCAAUACUUCAUCUCUGGUGUCUUUGUCUUCGUCUUUUGUGUUCUUUGGCCGUCUCACGCCAUCUCUCAUGGACUACUUCUGCAGGGGUAAGAUUAGGAUUUCAAGGCCAGCGAGUAUGGCGGUAUUAAUGGCUCCAACAGCAGGAUCGUUCUUGUUGCUUCUCAACAGAACUGAGCUAGCUCUAUACACAAGCACUGCCAUAAUAGGAGUGUGCACUGGAGCGAUCACUUCCAUUUCUGUGUCCACAACCACUGAACUGUUCGGGACAAAGAAUUUCUCAGUGAACCACAACGUUGUGGUCACCAACAUUGCCAUUGGUUCUUUUGUGUUCGGCUACUUGGCUGCUCUGCUCUAUCGUAAGGAACAAGAUGGAGAUGGGAAAUGCAUGGGCAUGGAGUGCUACAGAAGAACUUUCAUCAUCUGGGGUUCUCUGUGUUUCUUUGGGACAUUUUUGGCUUUGAUUCUACAUGCCAGAACUCGUAAGUUUUAUUCGCAUCGCAGAGACAACAGAUAGGAUCGUAGCAGGAAGAAACAAAGUGUGCUGUUUUUUUCCCCCCAUAAAUUAAUUCCCAACAUACAGGAAGUAUUAUACUUUGAGAAAUUAUUCAAAGAAUCAUAUGGUGUACAGUCAGCUUAUGUAAUGAGUUAACUGAAACUCGUUCGGCUGUUUAGAUCUAAUCUUUUUUAAUAAAUUUUAUGAUAUAAAGUUAUUACUUUUUUAUAA